AUCUGGGCAGGUCGCCGCGCUCUCGCCCGCAGGGGCUCGGAGGGGUGGGCUGUCUCCGCACGGGCAGAGCUCGUGGCGCGCGCCGGCCCCCGCACACACCUGCGUGCAGUGAGCCAGGUGCCCCGCCGCCCCCGCCCUCGGGCCGCGCACGCCUCGCCCGAGCCUGGCUAGCUUGGCGUCCAGUUAGCGGCCCCGGGGCAGAGCGGGUCGGAACGGCCGCCUGCCCCUUCCGGACGCAGAGAGCGCGCGGGGCGCCGGCGCCGGCGCCGCCGGUUAAAGUGCGGAGGAGCAGGGGCCGGGCCCAGCCGCCCGCUCCGGGCCUCGACUGUCAGGCCCUCGGCCGAGCCGCCCCGGACCAUCACAAAUAGUGCGUGGGCCAGCCUCGGUCACAGAGUGCACUGUAUCCUGUCCCUUCUGGAUGUGAGGGAGAAUUGAGUCAUCUCAUUCCCCUCCGUGGAUCAGAGGACUGGGCUAGAUAGAAGCAUGUGGUGUCUCCUACGCGGCCUGGGCCGGCCUGGAGCCCUGGCACGGGGAGCCGUGGGGCGGCAGCAGCCCCCAGGUGCCCGGACCCUGGCCAGCGCGAGCUCCGAGAUCCGGGACGAGUACAGCUACGUGGUGGUGGGUGCGGGCUCGGCGGGCUGCGUGCUGGCUGGGAGGCUCACGGAGGACCCCGCCGAGCGCGUGCUGCUGCUGGAGGCGGGGCCCAAGGAUCUGCGCGCGGGGAGCAAGCGGCUCUUGUGGAAGAUCCACAUGCCCGCGGCCCUGGUGGCCAACCUGUGCGACGACAGGUACAACUGGUGCUACCACACGGAGGCGCAGCCGGGCCUGGACGGGCGCGUGCUGUACUGGCCGCGCGGCCGCGUCUGGGGCGGCUCCUCGUCCCUCAACGCCAUGGUCUACGUCCGCGGGCACGCCGAGGACUACGAGCGCUGGCAGCGCCAAGGCGCCCUCGGCUGGGACUACGCGCACUGCCUGCCCUACUUCCGCAAGGCGCAGGGCCACGAGCUGGGCGCCAACCUGUACCGGGGCGCCGAUGGUCCGCUGCGGGUGUCUCGGGGCAAGACCAACCACCCGCUGCACCGCGCGUUCCUGGAGGCCACGCAGCAGGCUGGCUACCCGCUCACCGAGGACAUGAACGGCUUCCAGCAGGAGGGCUUCGGCUGGAUGGACAUGACCAUCCAUGAAGGCAAACGGUGGAGCACGGCCUGUGCCUACCUGCACCCAGCACUGAGCCGCACCAACCUCAAGGCCGAGGCCCAGACGCUUGUGAGCAGGGUGCUAUUUGAGGGCACCCGUGCAGUGGGCGUGGACUAUGUCAAGAAUGGGCAGAGCUGCAGGGCUUACGCCAGCAAGGAGGUGAUUCUGAGCGGAGGUGCCAUCAACUCUCCACAGCUGCUCAUGCUCUCAGGCGUCGGGAAUGCUGACGACCUCAAGAAACUGGGCAUCCCUGUGGUAUGCCACCUGCCUGGGGUUGGCCAGAACCUGCAGGACCACCUGGAGAUCUACAUUCAGCAGGCAUGCACCCAUCCCAUCACCCUCCAUUCAUCACAGAAGCCCCUGCGGAAGGCCCGCAUUGGUCUGGAGUGGCUCUGGAAAUUCACAGGGGAGGGAGCCACUGCCCAUCUGGAAACAGGUGGGUUCAUCCGCAGCCAGCCUGGGGUCCCCCACCCGGAUAUCCAGUUCCAUUUCCUGCCAUCCCAAGUGAUUGACCAUGGGCGCGUCCCCACCCAGCAGGAGGCUUACCAGGUACACGUGGGGACCAUGCGGGGCACAAGUGUGGGCUGGCUCAAACUGAGAAGUGCCAAUCCCCAAGACCACCCUGUGAUCCAGCCCAACUACUUGUCAACAGAAACUGACGUGAAGGAUUUCCGUCUGUGUGUGAAGCUCACCAGAGAAAUUUUUGCACAGGAAGCCUUCGCUCCGUUCCGAGGGAAAGAGCUCCAGCCGGGAAGCCAUGUUCAGUCAGAUAAAGAGAUAGAUGCCUUUGUGCGGGCAAAAGCCGACAGUGCCUACCACCCCUCUUGCACCUGUAAGAUGGGCCAGCCAUCUGAUCCCACCGCCGUGGUGGAUCCGCAGACAAGGGUUCUCGGGGUGGAAAACCUCAGGGUUGUCGAUGCCUCCAUCAUGCCCAGCCUGGUCAGUGGCAACCUGAACGCCCCCACCAUCAUGAUUGCAGAGAAGGCAGCUGACAUUAUCAAAGGGCGGCCUGCACUCUGGGACAAAGACGUCUCUGUCUACAAGCCCAGGACGCUGGCCACACAGCGCUAAACAGUUGCUGCUAGAGGAUGACUGGGGAAGCCCCCUGAUGAGCCAAGAGGACCAGCACAGCCCUUGCUCCCAGGCUCCUUCCAGAAACUGUGUAGCACCCUAGGAUCCAGGUGGCUGAGAAUGGCUACUUAUCACACCUCUCCUUCUAUCCCUACUCAGUGGCUGAGAAUGGGAUAAACUCUUGGGAAAUGAGACAAAUACUGGGCAGUGGAUCAAGCUCCUUUUCCCCAGACUUUCCCUGUGGGCUGCUGGGGAAGGCCAGCAUUCAGGCUGAGAUGCUCCUCCCUGCCUCGUGGAGGGACAGCAGGGGAGGAGGGUUAACUCCUGCCGCAUCCUUUGUCUUGUGUUCACGUGGCAUUCUCUAACCCAGGGAAGUGGUUCCUUCCCAGGGCAUGCACAGAAGCUGGGUGCCUGCCAGAUGUGCACAGGCUCACCAAGGAAGGGGCAUCCUCCUCCUCGAGCUGCAAGCUUUAGCUGAGGCAGAGAGUCACACAGUAGUUAGUUCAGCCUGGGCUGGCACAUAAGUCCCCGGUGUCCCUGAUCAGAGGGGAAAGUUGCCUGCUGGCAGAAAAACUGGCUUUCCCUUUCUUCCUAAUUUCACUCUUAGAGUCAGGCAGGUAACUGGGGCUCCGCUGGGUCACUCUGAAAGGGUUGUGGCCCACCUCUCUGAAUCUCUGGUUCUUAUUAAACCAGAGCCAGGUGUAGUGGCUCACACCUAUAAUCCCAGCACUUUGGGAAGAGCACUUGAGCUCAGGAGUUCAAUACCAGCCCGGGCAACAUAGUGAAACCCUGUCUCUGGAAAAAAAAAAAAAAAUUAGCUGGGCAUACUGGUGUACACCUAUAGUCCCAGCUACUUGGGAGGCUGAGGCAGGAGGAUGGCUUGAGCCCGGGAGGUCGAGGCUCCUGUGAACCUUGAUCGCACCACUGCACUCCAGCCUGGGUGAGAGACCGACCCUGUCUCAAAAAAAAAAACCCUGAGAUUUUUUGGACCUUAUUCAAGGAGACAGGAAUCUGGAGGGAAUGCCACUUGGCUUCACUACCAAAGGUUUCAUGACUUAGCAUUUUAAAAGGGCUUCCUUUUACCAAGAAAUGCAGAAACCCAGAGCAAACCCCACAUACCAGAUGACUGCUUCCUACUGAAGCAGCUAGUCUGAGAAAGGACUCUCUCAUAUUGGGCUUGGGAAAUGAGUUGGCAGCCCGAGCUGCCCCAGCAGUGGACAAGGCUGGUUAAUUCUUAUUCUCUAGACGUGCACAGGAACAGACCAGGAUGGCAAAUGCAGUUAAGCACAGCCAUGCACACCCUGUUCCUGUAGAAAUGCCACUGAAAGAAAAAUUCAAGAUUGGAGUUUUGGAGGAAAAAAACACACAAGUAGCAUUUACAACAGCUCUUUGCUCUUUAAAUUUCUUACCAUUCAAUAAAGUAAUCCAGUCACUUACAUUUGAA